AUGACGCGCGAUUCUUUGGCCGCUCGUCUACUGGGAACCGGCGCGGAUUCUGGAAUGAGCCGUUUGUGCGGGCCUUUGAAAAGGCCGGAUUAUAACGUGAUUGUGCUCCGUCGAGAGGAAUGUCGGGUGCGCGGAUCUAGCGCGGUCGGUGCGUCCAAAUUCAAACGGCACGCGUUCCCACAAGCAUCAACUGCACUCACUCUUAUU